AUGGACCACAAAGGAUAUCCUCAACAACCUCCACAAUACUAUUCUCCUCCGCCUCCUGGAGGACAGUCUCAAAGCUAUUAUCAACAACCACCUUAUGGCCAACAACCUUAUUAUCAACCACAGCCUCCACCACAAACUGUUUAUAUUCAACAACAACCACAACAUAAAGAUGAUAGUUCUUGUUGCUGGGGAUGUCUGGCUGCAAUGUGUUUCUGUUGUGCUUUGGAUGCUCUCUUUUAA